GGAGCCAUGGCUGCCUCCGCCGCCUCGUCGGAGCAUUUCGAGAAAUUGCAUGAGAUCUUCCGCGGCCUCCUGGAAGACCUCCGGGGUGUGCCGGAGAAGCUCCUGGGCAGCGCUGGAACUGAAGAGAAGAAAAAGUUAUUGAGACAUUUUGAUGAAAAGCAACAGGAAGCAAAUGAAACGCUGGCAGAGAUGGAGGAGGAACUACGUUACGCUCCCCUGUCUUUCCGUAACCCUAUGAUGUCCAAAGUUCGAACCUAUCAGAAAGACCUAGCUAAACUCCAACGGGAGGUGAGAAGCAGACCAUUGACUGCUCCUGGGAGCCGAGGAGACAUGAAAUACGGCACAUACACAAUAGAGAACGAGCACAUGAAUCAGCUCCAGUCUCAAAGAGCAUUGCUCCUGCAAGGCACUGAAAGCCUAAAUCGGGCCACCCAGAGUAUCGAGCGUUCUCAUAAAAUUGCCACAGAGACUGACCAGAUUGGCUCCGAUAUCAUUGAAGAGCUAGGCGAGCAACGUGACCAGCUGGAGCGCACCAAAAGCAGACUGGUAAACACAAGUGAAAAUUUGAGUAAAAGUCGAAAGAUCCUUCGUUCAAUGUCCAGAAAAGUGGUAACCAACAAGCUACUACUUUGCAUUAUCAUCUUACUGGAGGUAGCCAUCCUGGCAGGCCUGGUCUAUUACAAAUUCUUGCGCAAGCAUUAGACCCUUCGAAUAAGUUUGAGAACCUGAACUUUGGCACUGUGAACGAAGGGCAUUAAGAGAUUUGGAAUAAGCGUAUUGCUGCUGUGAGCUAACGGUUCAAGGAUGCACUGUGUGGCCAGACUGUGGGAGGAGGGAGGAAAGAGGAAAAAAAAAAAAACACAUGUGAAGAACACAACAAGAGCCGUGUGCUAUACCAAGGUAAUAAAUGCAGUUUAUGACUUCUUUAAA